AUGGUUUUCUUGAGUCAUGCCAUUUCUGAUGCUCGUAUAGAGGAGGAAAAGGAUGAAUGCGGCAAUAGAAUAUUCUCUUCCACUAUAUAUGGAACUCGUUGGGCAAUUAAGCCCAUUCCUAGAUACGAAUUACCUGAGGAAGAGAUGCCACCGGAGGUCGCUUACAAGUUAAUCAAGGAUGCUCUCUUG